GGGCAGCGGCAGGAUGUUUCUCAAGCUGGCGGUCGUGGUGCAGGUGCUGUCGCUGCUGGCAUGCCGGGUGCACGGCUUCCCAAAACCUGCGGGCAAAGAUAAAGCUACACACAACAGACAAUUAAGUGUAGAAAGACCUUUGGAGGAACAGAUUGCUGAAGCUGAGGCAGACAAGAAUAGGAAAAUAGUUCCCACAGAAAAUAAGCCAGAGUUCAGGAAUUAUUCCUUCGCUGAUGACCUGAACCUGCUCAAAUCAGUAGCAGAAAGAGAGAGGAAUGAAAAGGAGAGGGAGUCAAUUAGAAGCUCUUUGUAUGAACAGCAGCGAGCCAUUGAUGAUGCAGACUCAACCAAGAACCGCAGGCUUGUGGAUGACUAUGACUCCACUAAAAGUGGACUGGAUUACAAAUUCCAAGAUGAUCCAGAUGGCCUCCAUCAAUUGGAUGGCACUCCUUUGACUGCUGAAGACAUUGUUCAGAAAAUUGCUGCAAGAAUUUAUGAGGAAAAUGAUAGAGGAGUGUUUGACAAGAUCGUUUCGAAACUUCUAAAUCUGGGGCUAAUCACAGAGAGUCAGGCCUAUACCCUGGAAGAUGAAGUGGCAGAGGUUUUACAACAGCUAAUUGCAAACGAAGCAAAGGAUCGCGAGAAGGAGUCUGAAGAUUUUGAUUACCCUCCAAGCAGAGCAGACAGUGACAUGAAAGAAAAGCAAGAGGAAAGAAUGACACCAAGCAAAGCUGAUCAGAAUAGUUUCAUUAAUGGAGAAAUUGAUGAUACACUGGAUAACACAUGGUCGUCAUCUAAUAUCUUGGAAAGAAGAAAUGACCUGCCCUCUGAAGAUAAUUUUGAAGACCUCCAAUAUUUUCCAAACUUUUAUGCACUAUUGAAAAGUCUUAACUCAGAUACAGAGGCGAAAGAGAAAGAGACCUUGAUAACUAUCAUGAAAACCCUGAUAGAUUUUGUGAAGAUGAUGGUUAAAUAUGGAACAAUCACACCAGAAGAAGGAGUUUCUUAUCUGGAAAACUUGGAUACAAUGAUAGCUGAGCAGACAAAGAAGAAGCUUGAGAACCCUUCCACUCAAACCAGAACGAAGCUACCAGCAG